AUGACCGUAUGUUUGCUUGCUGCUGUGAUUCGAUUUACCUCACUCAAUUAUCAGAGAAAUUACGUGCAAGGUUGUAACGGACUCCAACAAGUGCGUAGUGAAACAUUAAACGAGCCAACGGAAAUUGAUCAUAACAAUAUAGGACUUCGAACCCCAUUGGACGGUUUGGGACUAGUAAAGGACCGAACUCUUAUCGGCCAGAGUAGGACGGGCUUGGGACCCGGUCCUACAGCCCUACUUGAAAAGUAUGUCCCUGAUGGCGAUGAUUCUGAAUCAACCUGUAUGUCAUUGUCUUCUGCAAAUAUUUCUGAACAUCCAAUAAUUAAUAGCCCUACCAAAAGCAAGGAAGAAGCUAUUGUGAAGAAGAAAACUUACGUAUACCGCCAUCGACUUUUAAGUCAUCAUUUGCUUGGGAACGAAACGAGGUCAAAGUGA